AUACUUUGGGGCUCCUUUGAUGUACCAAAAUGUGCCUUCAUAAGGGUUUUCUGAAAAACAGCCUCUUUGCCUGCCUCAGGGUUUGUUUGUAAGCUCUGCAAGGAGCUGUGCCCACCACCUGCAAGCCCUAGGGCUUGCGUUGUGGCAGUGAGUAUUGCUUACAUGUACCCAGGGCCAGAUCCUACUCCCCCACUAGGCAUCAAACUGGCACUUCAAUGCCAAACUGUGAUUCAUUCCAUCCUGAAAACAGUACUUCAUCUCAGCCUUAAAAGUCCAUCACCUAAAGCUGUGAGGGGGAGGACCUGGAUCCAUACACCUUUAAAAGCGAUAGUUUUUCAGGAGAUUGCUCAGAGUGGAAUAGAAUUGCACUUAGGUGUCUACUGGGUGAAAUAAGUUCUCCUGCAACACUUCCUCACCUGACCUAGCUGUCCAGAUGGCAGUCACACCCGGCAGAACAGCCUGUGCCUGUUGAAGCUAAUUUGAUCUGUGGUCGGAGUGACGUGUGUCCAGGGGCGCUCAUGAUUCCUCUGUAAAUGCCACAUUCUCUUCAUCCCUGGGGGUUGUGAAAUGUGGUGCUGGCCCUUUAAGGAUCAGGGCUCUGGAUUCACCUUUAGUGUAUACAAGAUUCCUUCAGGAGCAUCUGGUAGCUAAGCAAUCGCCAUGACAACACUGUUAGGCUUGAAUUGGCUGGGCCCCAAAAUGGGUGUCACUUGCCAGUGCGGAAGCUGGAGUGUAAGGUGAGGGAGUAUAGCGCGGAGGGAUUGCAAGUGGCUCAGCAGCUUGGGCAGCCAGUGCAGUCUUCAGGACCAGCCUAUGGUAUGCAUGGUUGAAGACCAGCCCUUGUGAAGAGCAUGGAAGUACCUUAGCUUGGUCUGCACUGCCCCACUAUAGCCAACUGAGUAAUGAGUUCUUGUUCUGAGCUACGAUGUCAGAUGUUACAGUGAAUCUGAAGUCCUUUCAACUUGAACAUGUGGCAGGAGAGAGUGAGCAGCCCUUGGUGCUAAAUUUGAGAAGCCGUUCUAAGGGGUUGGUGGUAAAUGCAUGUGCCCAUGCUGUCUUCUUCUGCAAGCUACUCAACACCAUCAGACAAGAAUGGAGGGAGAAGUCUCCACAGACUGCUGCCAUAGAAUCCAUAGGUUGCAACAGCCUGAAGAUUGGGAUUAUCGGUGGAGGACACAUUGGGAAACAGCUGGUCAGAGCACUGCUGGAUCUGAGUGGCAUCACAGCACAGAAUAUUCAUAUCUCCACCAGGAGGCCGGAGAUUUUGUCAGAGCUCCAGCAGCUGGGAGUUGAAUGCUUUUAUGACAAUGGCCAGCUGGUGUCCUGGGCAGAUGUUGUAUUCCUUUGUUGCCUGCCAUCUCACUUACUGCAUGUCUGCUCAGGAAUACGUGCUACACUCCAUGAACCCUGCCUUGUCUACAGCCUAGUCAGUGCUGUUCCUCUUCUCAGGCUGAAGCAACUCCUUUCCUACAGUGCCAUUGUGAGGCCACAGUACCAGUGUGCGAGCCACAAGUUUACAAAUGAAUGGAGGCCUAAUGGGACAAUCACAGCUGCUCUUCAAGACCCUGCUGUUGUGAAGGCAACCUGUCCUGGUGGCCCUAAGGGGAAAGUCACUGUCAGUGCUAAGUGGUUGGAAGCUGUUUUCUACGCAGCCCUGAACAGUUGCAUGUGGCAGCACCUGUCCCACCAGGAGACACUGAAGUUACUCAAUAAUGUAUGCUUUUCUAAGCCCUGCCAUGUCUGUGUGGAGCAAAAGACUUGCCCCUUGUUUGUGUGUGGGAGCUUUGUCAACCAAACUUAUGCUGCCUCCCUGACUCAACAAGACACCUUUCCCUGGUUUGACCUGACAACUGUACAACUGAAGGAGACUCCCUUUGGCCAGCUCCUAGCAAGGAGUGUGUGUCUCCAGAACCACCUUGCCCAGCUAUAUCAUGCCUCAUUUGAAGCCCACACUGACAGCAAGAUGUCCCUUUGUCCUGCCACAGCAGGUCCCAGUAUGGUGACCUGUCAUGAAUCAAUGUCCACUAUGACUGCUUUGGAUGUGACUGGCACAGAAAGCCUGGAGGAAGUUCCUCAUACUGAUUUUGACUCUUCGUAAAGUAGAACCAACCCUCUACGGAUGGGGCUGCUUUGUUAAAUGUUUAUACUACAGAGAAUUGUAAUGGAGAUUAAUACCCUUUUCUUAUCAGUUGCCACUGCAGAAAUCCACCCCAUUUUUGCAUGUGCUUGAGGAACCAUAGUACGGAUUCUGCGGAAAGAAUAAAACUGGUAUAAAAAAUAACUUUGGCUUGACUGUCAACCUUGGCACAGACCACUGCAAAAAAAGGGUCAAAUUAAACGGAGAUUGAACAAC